AUGGCGACUAGCUUACCAGAAUUUGCUUCUUUUGACGCCGAGAAUCGGGAAAAUAUCGAAAUUCGAUGGCAACGAUGGUUCAUGCGAUUCGAAAAUCUACUGAUUGCACUCGAUAUAAAAGACAAGAAAAGAAAACGAGCGUUAUUAUUAUACUAUAUCGGUGAAAGUACUCUAAAUAUCUUUGAAACACUGCCCGAGACAGGCACAGAAGACGACUAUGACGAAGCGUGUCAAGCUUUAAAUGAACACUUUAAACCUCGCAAGAAUACAUCGUUUGAAAUAUUCAAGUUCAGGAAAACAAACCAACUUGUUGACGAAACUCUCGAUCAAUACCAUGUACGACUCGUCCAGAAAGCUAAGUACUGUGAAUUCUCAAACUUAGAUACUGAGAUAAAAGCUCAAAUUGAGCUAGGGACCAAUUCCAAACAACUUCGACGAUAUGCUUUCCGUAAACCAAAACUGACUUUGGCUGAACUCUUAGACUAUGGACGGACACUUGAAACUGUUGAAGAAGAUGCGAGCGGAAUUGAGCAAAAUAUGAAUGAAACACCAAUGAAAGAUAUCCACGCCGUACGACGAAAUCCGGCUGCUACAACGCCUAAGAAAAUAUGUUUCUUUUGUGGAUUAAACUGGCCACAUGUGAAUGUUUGUCCGGCAAAAGGGAAAACAUGCAACCAUUGUCACAAGCAAAACCAUUUUGCACGAUGUUGUAAAUCGAAAAUUUCAGCUGGACAGCGUGAAAGUAAGUUUCCUCAGAAAUCCAAUGAACGAAGAUCCCAAGUGAAACAAAUAGACGAACAAGGUACGAAUUCAAGCUCAGAUGAAUAUGUUUACACAAUAAAAAAACAAACCCCUGAUACUAACAAAGUCGUUUUAACAUCUAUCACCACUUCACCCACAGGAGGAACUGUUAAUGAAGUUAACAGUGACUGUCGAAAACGAAAUUUCUACACCCAUAUUAAAAUCAAUGACAUAACUAUUCGUGUAAACAUUGAUUCUGGUGCCAGUGUAAAUAUUAUCGAUAAUACUAGUUUUGAGAAAUUAACACGCCAGAACAACAUCCACUUGAUGAAAAGCAAAAUAAAACUUUUUGCUUUUGCCACUAACACACCCCUCGACAUCAAAGGGUAUUUCGAAGCUUCAGUUGAAUCAGGAACAAAAAUUACCACAGCCCAAUUUUAUGUGAUAAACACUGAUGCUGGAUGUUUAAUAAGUGGAAACACUGCAAUUGAUCUUGGGUUAUUAAAGCUAAACAAAAUUGCAUUUGUUACAUCUCGACCUGAAACCCAUCAACCUAAGAAAAAUGCUCCAACAAAUAGCAAGUCUAGACCUAAAAGAUUGAGAACCUUAUUUUCGAAAUAUGAUCAAUUAUUCCAAGGAAUCGGAAAAGUCCCAGAUUACAAAGUCCAUUUACACAUUGAUAAAACUGUCCAACCCACAAUUCAAAAAGCCCGCAGAAUCCCAUUUACAAUGAGAACCAAACUAUCAGAAGAACUGCGACGUCUUGAAUCAUUAGAUAUUAUUGAAAGUGUAACAGGCCCCACGUCCUGGGUAUCUCCCAUUGUUUGUUUCCCAAAACCCAACAAUCCCGACCAAAUUCGUCUUUGUGUUGACAUGCGUAUACCCAAUAAAGCCAUUUCACGGGAACGUCACCCUUCUCCCACAACUGAAGAUUUAAUUGAAAAACUAAAUGGUGCUGCAUAUUUCUCAAAACUUGAUCUAAGCUCUGGGUACCAUCAACUAGAGUUGGAUGAAGCUUCGCCUGACAUAACUACAUUUGCAACUCAUGAAGGUCUCAAAAUAUAUAAACGUUUGAACUUUGGCACAAAUAGUGCUGCUGAGAUAUUUCAAAAUGUCAUUCAGACCACAUUCCAAGAUAUUGACGGUUGUAUAAACAUAAGCGACGACAUACUAGUUUUUGCCAAAACACAACAUGAACAUGACAUGACAUUAGAAUCUGUUCUACAGCGUGCUAAUGAAAAGAAUUUAAGAUUCAACGGUGACAAAUGUGAAUUUGAUAAACCAAGCAUCACGUUUUAUGGUCAUGUUUUCUCGAAGCAGGGUAUAUCCCCAUGUCCUAAAAAAAUCGAAGCGAUCAAGUCUCUAAAACCUUCAGCGAAUGUUUCUGAACUUCGUAGCUAUUUAGGAAUGAUAACAUAUUGCGGCAGAUUUAUUCAAGAUCUUGCAACACUGACUGCCCCAUUACGUAAACUUACAAAGAAGGACAUAAAAUACGAAUGGAAAGAAUCACAACAACGUGCGUUUCAUACAUUACAAGAAAGAUUGAACGAAAAAACCACUUUAUCAUACUUUGACCCUUCAAAAGACACCAAGCUCAUUGUAGAUGCCUCUCCCACUGGCCUAGCGGCAAUAUUAAUACAAAAUACCCCCAGCCAAAAUGACGAAACUGUCGUUGCAUAUGGCAGUCGUGCUCUUACAGAAGUAGAACAAAGAUAUAGUCAGACAGAACGCGAGGCAUUGGCAAUUGUUUUUGGCUGCGAACAUUUUCGUUUAUUUCUCUAUGGAAUUCAUUUCACAAUCUAUACAGACCAUAAACCAUUAGUAUCGAUUUUUCAGAAUCCAAAUUCACAUUGCCCUGCACGACUAGAACGCUGGCGUUUACGCCUACAGUC